UUUAUAUAACAUUCAGAGCUGUUCAGUUCUAAUUGUAAUAUAAGAACGAAGCUUUCAAUUUAGAGAUUUUAAAACGGACGAGGAAGACGAUUGAAAUGGAUUUUAAAGUUAUUCCGUUUUUAGCAAUGUUUAACUUGGUGAAUUAUUUUAGUGCGACGUUUGCCGACUUUGAUGUCCGGGCUCUGACGUUAAAUGCCGCCGCUCUGCCAGAACACAGGUUUCUAUCUAUACCUGGAAUAAGUCUACAGGAUUGCUGGGCAAACUGUGAAAAUCGUGCAUCUUGUAAGUCUGUUAAUUACAAGAGACAGUGGCAUUUAUGCGAACUGAACUCCGUCGGCGACUCAAAAAUUCUGCAGCAUAGGGUAAGAGGAUCGGUGUUCUACAAAAAACGAAAUGACGCGACUAAGGUGCAAUGUGGCAGCACAACUUGUGAUGGUGACAUGGAAGUUUGUGAUAGAACAACAGGAAUGUGUACGGUCAAAGAAUGUGAACCACUGCAGCAGAAAUCAGAACGGUUCGUUAAAGGGAAUAUAGCAUCAAUGGGAGACAAGGCAUUGUUGGGUUGUAAGGAUGGGUUUUCACCUUCCACAGGAAGUAACGUCACUGUGACGUCAAGAUGUGGCAAUGAUGGAAUAUGGCUGCCGGAAAUUUCGUGUAUUAAGACAUGCCAACUCCGAUCGUCCACUUCGAGCGAGACUAGUUAUGAGGUAUUCGAACAUGGUCAGUGGAAAACUAUGCCCUGUUCCCCUGGAACUGCUUUCAGUGUGGAUACAUGCGAAUGUUCGAUCAUUCUGCGGAAACAAUGAGACAUUAAUGGAUCUUAAAGUGUUAAAUUGUUUUCCUGUGGCAAAUAAAAAGUGUACGUUUUACAUCAACUUGUAAUUUGUGUUUGAGACUAUAUGAGACAACGCAAGGAAUUUGAUCAUGGAACUAGGACCAAUAUAUUUUUGGAUGUUUUUAAACUUAUUUUGACAUGCAUAAAACAAUGAUUUAUUUAAUAAUAUUUUAAGAAUUAUACAAUGGACGCAUUUAGAAUAUGACAACGAGUAGAAACACGGGUUUGCAUAGAUCUUGAUAACAGCAGAAAGUAUAUAUUGCAAUAAUGUGAGGAAGAAAACAUUAAGAUUUUUAAACGGCUAGAAAUCGUUAUGGCGCCGUAUUCUAGAGAGACGAUAUAGCGUUGUUAUUUCAUUAAUUUUUGUAUACACAAAAGUGUUAUCUGAGGUAUGAAGGACAGAGGGAAAAAGUGUUGACUAUAAUUGACCGGCAAGCCAUUCAAUCAGUGUUUUAUUUUUAAUUUGUACAGUUUUAGAUUUUAUUUAUGGGCCUAUAAGCCCAGUUAAAAUGUAUUAAAUAUGUACCAUUAAUAUAGCAAAAAAUAUGGACCGGUCAAUUAUACUUUUUAUGUGUAUGUAUUAAAUAUGGUUAUUAUUUUUACCCAGAAAGCAUGAGAUCCAUUAUAUAUAGUAAUAUAUUUUGGUCUUGUCACAAUUGGAUCUUUCUGUUUUUCACAAAAAUGGAAACAAUUAUUUCUAAAAUCGAGAAAUGUAAUCUAAUUAUUUUCUUUACCCAUCAGAAAGGGACUAUUCUUUUGCUUUAUAACCAGACUUGACUUUAAUGGUUUUAACAAAACAAAUUUAAACACAACUUUUUAUACGAAAUUUAUUGUGAUGCCAUUCACUUCUUUAAUCUAGAUACUUAAAAAGUGUUUAUGGAAAAAAGAAGAAAUAAAACGAAGUAAUUAUAGCAGAUCGUGAAAAAUAGUGACAAAAAAUGACAGUUUAAAUAAGACUUGUUACCUAAUCAUUUUUACCUUCAGACUCGAUUUUCCUAUAAAUGUUCUCCUAUAUUAUAGCUUACAGUUCGUUGAUUACAUUAAAACAAAACUAGAAA